AUCAACACAGUAACUCUGAGACUCCGUAUCAAUGAUACCACUUAAGUUACUGUUGCUUUCAGCCACGUGCGCAUGGGCUGGAAAACUUACGAAUAUCGAGGGAAAAAUUGCCAUGGUAACUGGUGGCGCGCAAGGAAUUGGAUACGCAACCGUUGAGGCGCUUCUGCGUGCCGGGAUCACGCGCAAAUCGCAGGGGGUGACAUUAGUCGACUUAAAUAUUACGAAUGGGAGAACCGCCGCAAGAGCUCUAAACUUGAAGUAUGGUAACGGUAGGGUGGUCUUUUUACCGGUGGAUGUUUCGAACGAAAGCCAAUUUGAAGAUGCUUUUAAAAUAACCCUACAGUAUUGGAAAGGUUUAGACAUUGUCGUGAACAACGCAGGGAUUGCCAACGAAAAGAACUGGAAGCUUACCGGGGACACCAACGUCGUAUCGACAGUCGUCGUUGGAGCGGAAAGGUUCGAUAUCGAGGGAAAGGUAGCGUUGGUAACAGGUGCCGCCCAGGGAAUCGGUUACGCGACCAUUGAUGCGCUCCUACGUGCCGCAAUCAGGGGGGUGACAUUAGUCGACAGUAACAACGCCAAGGGGGAAAGUGUCGCGAAAUCAUUGAACGCACGGUAUGGUCCCGGUAAGGCGAUCUACAUACAGGCUGAUGUUUCAAAUGGCGACCAACUUGAAGAUGCGUUCAGGGUUUCGCUUCAGCAUUGGAAGGGGUUGGAUAUUGUUGUUAAUAACGCGGGCAUUGGGGAUGAAAUCAACUGGAAGAGUAUGAUUGAUAUCAAUGCGGUUGGAGUGUUGCAAGGCACCCUCCUAGGAUUCAAGUAUAUGGGUAAACAUAACGGUGGAAGGGGAGGUGUUGUUAUAAACGUAUCGUCGUAUACUGCACUGAGCCCUCUUUUUUCUGCCCCAGUUUAUACCGCCUCGAAAAGCUUUGUUUUGAGUCUGGGGCGCACUUUGGGCCACCCAAUCUAUUACGAACAUAACGAUGUGCGUGUUGUUACCGUUUGUCCUGGCCUAACUCAAACAAGUCUGUCUGAAUCCGAAUUGGCUCGUUCCGUUUCGAUUUCACUUGCUCCCCAAAUUAUAGACCUUGUGCGGAGUAUGAUAGAGCAUGCGAAAUUUCAGUCGCCGCAAAACGUUGGAGAUGGCAUACAAAUGGUAAUUGCAGAGGGAAGUAAUGGAAGCGUUUGGGUUAUUGAAGACGAUGAGCCACCUUACGAACUUGACUUCCCUGACAGAAGAACCAUGCGAAAAAAGGCUUUUACCUACGCGCCUUGAUUGUCACAACUUUUGUCACUUCCUCACAGUUUGGAUGAAAUAAACUAUAAUUAGAAAAUUGAUAACUUCGCCACACCAAGUAAUGCGUAUUGGUUACUUGAAGUCAACUUCUUUUGCUUAUCUAAUUUUGUUGUGAAUUAGUGUACUACUAUCCUAGUCUAUUCCAAGUUAAUGUGUUCUUUUAGCAAUAUGGGAUGAACAUCGCUUUCGUACCGUGUAGAAAAGUUGAAGAUUGAUGUCACUAUUAAUCCUAUAUUGUUGAGGAGUCGUACUUGGAGAUACGCUACAUAGUUGUGCAUUUGCCUUGUUAAUGUUAAAUCUUAAAUGCAUUUA